AUGGAAGGUGUAGCUUUAGUACUUUCACUUCUCCUUAUUGUUGUUAAUUUAGAUGGAUUUUCUUGUGUUUAUUCAGGAAGUCAUUGCAUUGAGAGUGAAAAAAAUGCUCUUAUUAAGUUCAGCCAAGGUUUCAAGAAUCCGUCACAAAGUAUGUUAUCUUGGAUGUUUGACGAAAACUGCUGCAGCUGGAAAGGUGUUGAAUGUGACAACAAAACCGGGCACGUGAUCACUCUUGAUCUACAUAAGCAAUUCUUGCAAGGUGAGUUCAGGACUUCUUUACUUGGUUUGCCUCAUUUAAGGCACUUAGACAUGAGCCACAUUGAUUUCCUUGGGGAACGGAUUCCUGAGUUUAUUUCCAGUUUUAAGGACCUGGAGUAUCUCAAUUUGUCUAAAACGAAUUUUAGGGGAAUGAUUCCUGAACAUCUUGGGAAUCUGUCGCGGUUGCAGUUUCUUGAUCUGAGUGGUGAUUUUUCACUCCAGGUUAAUAACCUUGAAUGGAUUCACUCCCUCUUCUCUAUGAAGAUUCUUGAUUUGAGUGGUGUUGACAUGAGAAACGCGGAAAACUGGCUACAUGACAUCAAUUUGUUAAGUUCUCUCUCUGAAUUACGUUUGUCUGCUUGUCAGCUUACUACAUUUCCUGAAUUGCUUCCGACUUCUGUGAAUUUCACAUCCCUUCGGAUUCUUGAUCUUUCAUUAAACUAUUUUAAUACUAGGAUUCCUAGCUGGUUGUUCAACACAAGCCACAAUCUUGUUUACCUUAAUCUUUCGAGAAGUCAGCUGAACGGUUCACUUCCAAAUGCCUUUGGCAACAUGCGUUCACUUAGAGUUCUUGAUCUUUCUGGGAAGUCUCUCCUAGGCAACAGUCCACAUUCGUUUGAGAAAAUGAGUUCACUUACGGGCUAUUUACCACCAACCCUGCCAUCAAAGCUGAAAUACUAG